AUGAUACGCGUGAAUAUUGUGAUGCACUAUCAAUUUAAAAAGACAGUUAAUCUGGUUAUAUCUAUCUGUAAUUUUCAAUAUUUAAAUUUUGUGAAAAAAUACGAGAAAGUCAUACUAAUUUUCCUUGAUAAUUAUCUUGACAAAAAAUAAUAAUUUAUAUACUUACUUAUGCUAAUAUCAAAGCAAAAUCUAAUUAAUUACUAAAAUAAUGAGUAUUAGACAAGAGUAAAGUCAAUUGAUUUAUUAAUCCUUUAUUUAUUUAUUUAUUUGUUUGUUUUAUUAAUUGAUUGCUUGCUUGCUUCUCUUUAAUUACAAAUUAUUAUGAAGAAAAACACAUCAGUUUAAAUUAAAAAUUAAUAAUAAUAUUUUCCCCUCCCUAUACAUAAAUUCAUAAGAACAAAGGGCUUUUUACAAUGA